AUGUCGCAACCAGCAUUUUACGUGGAGGCGGAUAUCAUGAAUAAAUUAUACUUUAACUUAAAACCUUCCGAAACCACGAAAGCGAGCAGCGCCCUGGUUGCCUGGUGUCAUAACCACAAUGGUGACUGUCAGAGUGACUCUGAAGUCCAGUGGAAAACAUUCUCUUGGGACACAGAGCCGGUUAUUGUACAGCUUGAGUUAAAUGAAAACCCACAAGACUUUUUGUAUGGUGUUAGUGCAGUGUCGGAAGAGAGAAGUAGUGGUUUAGAGUGGCAGGAAUGCGUAUAUUCCAAACACAAAGAGCCAAGUAGGGAACCUGGCAACGUGGUAAUAGCAAAUGGACCAAUGGAUAACUCGCUCUUAGUUUCCUGGGAUAAACUGAACUGUAAACCGGGCGAACCGUAUAUUGCUAUAUACAAUGUUUUGUACAUGAAUUUAGAAGACGGAUUGCAAAAAUCACAAAACACAACAGCUUUAGGAGAAGCCAGACUUCUGCUUGAAGAUCUUGUAGAGGAUCAAACUUAUGUUGUACAAGUCAGGGGAGUGACAAAAGAUGGGCGUUACGGACCAGGAAGCCAACCCUUGUCUGGAAUACCAUUACAUUACGGUUUCAGAUCAGGAACAAUAAUUGGUCUAUCACUGGGAAUUUUUGCUGCUGUUGUUACCAUGGUAGUCGCCUGCUAUUGCAUAAUAUGGUAA